AUGGGGUCAGUUUCAUCAAAUUCUUCUGGAACUGAAGAUUUAGGAGGAUUAUAAAACAUUCCUCAAAAUAUAAGAUAAUUUGAAUUGAAAGUAGAUUUAAAUAAAGAUGUACAUCCUACAUUAAGAUAGUUGCUUUUUUGGUCUUUAAAUGACAUAAGAUAAGUUUACGAAAAGUUUUAGAGGAGGAGUAAUAUUCCGUUCUUAGAUAUAACUUUAUUUUGUAAGAUAGUUCCUUUUACUCGCACAAAUGCUAUGUAUAUAUUUAGACACUUUUGCAAAUAAUCAAGUCUUCUGUCAGUUUAUGAAUUUCUCUGCGUUCUUGUUAUUACAUCAUAUACUCAUUAUAUAAAUAAGAUACAUUUUUUAUAUAUACUCUUUGAUUUGGAUUGCAAUGGAGGAAUAUCCUUAAAUGAAUUAUUAAUUAUAUUUAAAUCAAUUAUUAUGGGCUAUUGCAAGCUAACUGAGACUGAAUUACCACCUUAUAGUACUUUAGAAAAAUUUGCUAAACUUAUGUUCUUAAAAUCAGAUAUUUAAGCUGACAAUUCAUUAGAGCUAAAAGAAAUUAUAGAAUGGGUUGAAGGAAAUGGUAAGGCUAUGGAACUGUUUGCAAGAUUUGAACCUUAGUACAAAAUAAAAGAAAGUUUCGAAAUAUUCUUGCAUUUUAAGAGAUAUACUGAAGAUGAUGCAUAAGAAAUGCUUAAAAUGAUAAACAAAGCUAAUAAAUCUGAAUAUUAUCAUAAUGAUAUUUAAAAAAUUAUAGGAGGAAAAUAUGGAAAAACCUCUUCUUACAUGUAAGGCACAAAGAGCUUUAAUAAAUAAAAAGCAUAAAGUCUUCCUAAAUUAUUAAAUCCAGGUGUAUUAACAAAUUAAGCAUAGAAUCCUAAUAAUUCCAAUUUGCCUGAAUCAAUUGAAGAGUAAAUAGAAAAUGAUAUAAUUGAAAAAGCUUUGGAUAGUCAUGCAAAGAAGUAUGGAGAUAAAGAAAUGUAAGAAUCUAAAUCGCAUUUUAAUCUGCCUUAAAUCAUGAAAGCUUAAUCUCCAAAAAAAGGAAUUUCAAAAAAUAUUAUCAUCAUAUAAGGAAAUACUCUAACUAGGAAAUAAGUGUUCAGUUUAAAAGAAUAUUUUGAUAAGUUGGCUGGUAAUAAUCAGCAUAUUAAUAUAAAAGAGUUUACUAAGGCAUUUUAAGAUAAACCUCAUAUGAAGAGAGUAACAGCUAGUUUGUUUAAUUUUUUAGACUCUGAUUAAAAGGGAAUGGUAAGUUUUGAGUAACUACUUGUUAAGCUCUAUCCGUCAUUGACUAAGAAUAAUUUAAAGCUCAUAAAUACAUGGAUUAAGUAGUAUAUAAAAACAUUUAGUGCAGAAAACAAGGAUUUAUUGAUGGAAAAAGAUGAAAAAGUAAUUAAAAGAAAGAGAGUCUUACCAAGGACAGCUCUAAAGCGUAUUAAAGAAGUUUUUAAUCACUUAGAUGAAGAUCAAAAAGGAUAUAUAACUUAAGAAGAUCUUAAGCAGCAAUUCACUUAUGGUUAUACAACGAAAGAAAUAGAUGAAAUCUUUGAAAAACAUGAUAAAGAUAGGGAUGGAAGAUUAACAAUCGAUGAUUUUAUAAGAAUGAUUUUACCUUCUGACUAUAUAAUAGAAGAAAAAGAUGAACAAUGA